AUGCCUCUUAGGCUCGAAGCCAAGCUGUGGCUGGCAUGGGUGCUGCUGGUGGCGCACGCGCAGCGGUAUGGCCAUGCAGCGGCGGUCCCAGCGCCUGUGGCAUUGCAGCGAAUGCCUCGGGCGCUGCGCCAGGCGGCUGUGCCCGUGCAGCUCGUCAUGGGAUGCCCGUGCCUCGAUGAGUGGAGUAUCGAGGUGAACGGGACCCCAAAGACGUUCCGCGGUUGCGCCAACCCGGACGGCGACGUGCUGCCCUGGUGCCUGGUCGAUAUCAAGGAUCACAGCUGCAAUGGGUAUCAGGGCGUCUACCCAUCUUCCAACAGGACCGGCUCAUCCGAAGGCCAACUGUACUACGACUACUGCACCACCAGCCGCGACGUGACAAACCUCGGCUGCCUGUGCAAAGCCGUGUGGGAGCUGCCGGGCACCAACGCCAUGCACGGAAAGCCCUACCACAACUCGAGCGGCGUGAUCAUCGGCGGCAAGUGCGCCGACGCGCCCAACCCCGACGGCAGCGCCGCGGGCGGGCCGUGGUGCGAGACGGUGGCGAAGACGUGCAGCAACAACCCCAAGGCCUCGGACGUGCCGACCUACAGCCGCGACUUUGACUAUUGCACUUCCAAUACGGCCUACCAGGCGGUACGCGAGCGCCUGCUGCCUCUCGACCGCGCCGCCGCCGGCGGCCUGCCGCCGAUCCCCGACACGCCCGCCUACGCGUUCGCGCGGCGCGAGGGCGUCGCGGCGCUCGGCGGCUACAUCUCGACGACGCAGUCCGGCUGCAAGUGCAGUCCGUGGUCCUGGACUUACUUUGACCUGGUGACGGGGGCGCCGAACGGCAGCUACAUCGGCUGCGCGGACCCGGACCCGACGCACCUGACGCGCGGGGCGUGGUGCCCGGUCGACCCCAGGGAGUGCCCCAGCUAUUUUGCGACGUACACGGCGGGCACGGGCGCGGGCAGCAAGAUGAUCUACUUUGACUACUGCGGGGAGGUCAGGCAGCGCACGGCGGCGGGCUGCCUCUGCCAGGGGGAGUGGUAUGACAACAGCUCGCACCUACACUGGGGCGUCUGCGCCGUCGCACCCCAUUGGCAGCACAGAGUGAACGUGCCGUGGUGCACCAUCGACCGGUCAACCUGCACCGGCGUGCCGGCCGGGAACGGGGACGACUGGCACUGGGACGUCUGCAACACGACCGGCGCCGCCCUGGGCGCCGGCGCGUCGCCGCACGCCGCGCCGCUGCGCGCCGCGCAGAUUGCGGGCGUCGCCGUUGGUGCGAGCGCGGCGGCGAUGCUGCUGCUGCUCGCCGCCGUCGCGCUGCAGCGGCGCCGGGCCGCAUCGGCGUCGGCGGGGCACCUGCUGCCAAGAAAAGACGGUAAGUUGGGCGCGGGCCGCGGCGGCAGCGGCGGCUACAGCGACGGCUGGCGGGACGGCGCGUUUGGCGGCGGCGGGGGCGGCGGCGGCGGCACGGACGGGCAGCUUAUCAUUACUGUGGCCGACGUGUUUUCAAAAGAGAACAGGGACGAGGUCGUGCGGCUGUGGCUCAUGCCCAUCGACGGCGACGCGGGCGCCAACGCGCGGCUGUUCGGGACGCCCCUCAGCGCCUCGGGCCGCAGCAAGCGCCUGGCGCACAGCACAGACACCCAG